GGUCAGCGAUCGAUAGCCAUCAGCACGCGCUUCGUGCGUAGACCACCACGAGUCUGCUUGCCUCCUGCCUUCACCUCACGAAUUGCCACUAAAGCUCUCCUGCGGGGUUCCAACUAUGAGCGGUACUGCGGAAGAUGACCAGCAUGCCCUUUUCGCUGCAAUCGUACGCAGCCAUCUGGCAGAUGUGACCGAGCUCGCUGCUGAGCGGCGCGCCGCAAAAGCAUCGACCUCCGCUAGCGAGCAGACAACUAUGUCCUCUUCCAAUGCCUCUCCCCCAACUGAAGGGACAUCAUCAUCAUCAUCGGAUGCACCCGCGUCCGAAUCGCAUGCGCCUGCAUCUGGUCGUUCACCUGACUCUGCCCUGGAUGAGGAUACCCUACUCGCUCUCGAACUCUUCGCCGACGAACUGCAACGCAUCUCUGGCUUGCUUGACGACCACGCUCUUGCUCAGCAGCUUGCGCAAGAGGAACAGGAGCAGGCCGAGCGUGGGGCAAGGGAAGCGCUUCAGGUCGCGCAUGCGGCGGAAGGUUCGGAAGUCGAAAUCAGUCCGGAGGAAACCAGACGACGCGCCGAGCAGCGCUCUGCUGAAGUCGGUCGACUCGCGGACGAGGCUGCGCAGGCGUACCUCAGCGGCUCGGAUGAGGCGACGCGUGCGCGCCAGAGGGAGUUCGCGCGGCUGGUGAGGGAGCGGAUAGAGGAGCGCGACCGCCAGGAUGCGGCGAGGCGCAGCCAGGGCGCGCGAGCGCCUCCGCGGAGGGGAUCGUAUUAUAACCAGACGCCGGCGCGACGACCGACUGCGUCGAGCACCCCGUCGUUCUCCAGCCUCAUCAGUCGGAUACCGAAUGCAUUCUCAACGUUCUGGAAUUUUUCGUGAACAACCGACUGUACGGAGUGUGCCUUGACCGCCGAGUCGCGGUGUAGUCUUGUCCUGGUCCUUGUGUGCUGGAAACACCACUCACUGUGCUGGCGACAACUUCCUGCCGCUGUAAAGGCGCGGAAGUCGCCAGGUGAUCUAUUACCGCGUUCUUCAUCAUUGCAAGCUCGAACUGUGGAAUCAGUAUGGGCACUGGGGGUACAGUGUAGUACGUAUAAUAUUGGACAAUUGUUAAGUCGACAUUGAGAGUCACGGUACUCAUGGUGACGACUUGUACGAUAGCGCACACAACAGUAUGGGAUCAAUGUUAAGGAAGGUUUGGGGCGUCCUUUGGUUGCAUCGCACACCUGUAGCAUAGGUUAGAAACACAACUCGAUGGUAACGGUUCAGACUGACUGUUUAAUGCAUUAUACUAGGCAUAGUAGUGCGCAUCGACCUUCGGCAUGGUGAUCCCGCACUCUGCGC